AACUACUUCAUGAAGCUGCAAUUGGUUACCAAUGCUACCUCGUUUUAAUCGAUAUCAACGAUCUACAUGCAGGUCCAGGUCCUGCUCUCCUUCUUAUAAAAGAAGUUAUAAAUAUUCCAAUAGACAUUCUAGGACACCUGACAGAAGUGAUAGAG